UGGACGGAGGCAUCUGCGAUUUUCUUGCAGAUGGGCUAAAGGCGAACCACCUGGGAAGUGCAUGGACAGUAGUUAUCACCAGCGCACCUAUAGAAAAAAGCAACUCCAGCUGAUCUUGUAGAUGCUCACCGGCCGCUGAUACAAUCACGGGGUUAUUUUCCUCACGACUGGUGCGCAUCUUGUCUGGGUUGCUUUAGGACAACAGCAGGAUCUUACAUUUCACAUCUUACAACUGACAAGCUUUUUGUAGGACCAAACGCACUGGGCGCGAUGGAUAACGAAAAGUACUUGCCAGAACUGAUGGCGGAGAAGGAUUCUCUGGACCCGUCCUUCCAGCACUCAUUGCGGCUUCUUGAUCAAGAAAUCGAAAAGGUACAGAAAGACGAAGACAAAGAGGAUGAGAAGUUCAUUGAUGUGGUCAUCAACAAGAACAUGAAACUGGGACAGAAGAUUUUGAUCCCUGUAAAACAGUUUCCCAAAUUUAAUUUUGUGGGUAAACUCCUGGGCCCUCGAGGGAACUCAUUAAAGAGACUGCAAGAGGACACACUGACCAAGAUGUCCAUCCUCGGAAAGGGAUCCAUGAGAGACAAAGAAAAGGAAGAAGAACUGCGAAAGAGCGGAGAGACAAAGUAUCAUCAUCUUAAUGAAGAUCUUCACGUGCUGAUCGAGGUGUUCGCGCCGCCCGCUGAAGCGUAUGCGAGAAUGGGUCAUGCUCUGGAGGAGAUCAAAAAAUUCCUUAUUCCGGACUAUAAUGAUGAGAUCAGACAGGCUCAGCUACAGGAGCUGACGUAUCUGAACGGCGCCUCGGAGGAUGCCAAAGUCCCAGCGGCCAGAGGCAAAAGCAGCACACGAGGCAGAGGAACGCCAGCGCCGGGACCGCACAGGUGUAGAGGGGGCGUUCCUCCUCCUCAGGCUGCAGUCCCGCGGGGGGUGGCGCCCAGAGGAGCUCCGCCCAGCAGGGUGCCGUCCAGCAGAGUAAGGGGCGUUCCCUCUCAGAGAGCACGAGGAGCUCCGCCCCCACCUGGGUACAGACCUCCCCCUCCGGUGGUGCAGGAUACCUAUGGUGAAUAUGAAUACGAUGAUGGAUAUGGAACAGCCUAUGAUGACCAGGGAUAUGACUCAUAUGACAACAACUACAACAAUCAGGCACCAAACUCAGAUGAUUAUUAUGAAUACAGCCAUGGUAUCAGCGGAGAAUCAUAUGACUCUUACGGCCCGGAGGAAUGGACAAACAACCGUAACAAGGCGCCACCAACAAGGACAAGCAAAAAAGUGUUCAGAGAGCAGCCGUACUCCCGAUUCUGACCUGCUACAGUCCUUCAUGUGCCCUCCCAAGUAAUGGAUUUUCUAUGGACUCUAUUUCAUUUUUGAGAAUAAAAUCAACCAAAAUGACAAAAAUAGAAAGUUGAAGAAGUCAAUGGGUAAAAUUAAGUUUCUGUGGAACUGAUUCUGUUGUAACAUGGACGACUCCCAUAAAUGGAUAUUUCGGAUCACUGGAUUAUGUAGUUUAAAUCAGCGAACCAAUCAGAAUUCAAAUAGACCUACUUAUGUCAGAUGGAGGCGGGCACUAGCGGUUAGGGGCGGAGUUACACAAGGUGUACGAUGUUUAGAAUCAGCAGGUCAUUUUUUGUAGAUACUUUUUUUUGAUGGGUGAUCAGCUUCAAUGUGUCCCUUGUAAAUUUGACCUUUAACUAGAGAAAAAAGUAAAAAAAAAUCUCACAUGUUGUUUUCCUUCCUUUCUCUUUUCUAAAUGGAAAGUUCUUUAGCGUUAAAGGGCUUAUAGGAGCAUGUUGUGAAAAAUAAAUAAAUAAAUAAAUACAAAUAAUUAUGUGCAGUUUCAGUUGCGAUGAGAAAAGCCUGCGUAGUUUUGUCUGGUUUUUGUGUUGAGCGUUUAAACCCUUUAAUGAGCUCUGUGGUAAUAGGUGUUUUCUUCUAGUGAGAGAUCUACUUUUAGACCUUUUGAGGAGCGACUAAAUUGAAAGUUUUGGGCAAUCCGACUGACUAAAAUUCCCAAUUCAAUUUCACAAUUUCAGCUGAUAUAUGAGAGAUUCCUUCAAGUUAAUGCCAUCUAGAAGUUACUCCUGCACACUUUACUGUGCAAUUCUAAUGCAUUAUAGUCCAUAUUAGCCUUUAUAUGCCACUAAUGUUGGCUUUCCAUUGGUAUAUUAUAUAGCGCGGAUGGGUUAAAAAUAGCAACAGAGCAUUUAAAAACAAGAAAAGACUAAACUGAAGCAUCGCUUGUGAUAGUCAAAGACAUUUACGGGGAAUUCAGCGGUUUUUGGCACAUCGUGUAUCCUAUAAAAGUUCGUGUAAUGCAUUUUAAGUGCACAGCAAAGUGUUACUGGUCAUUUCUAAACCAAAUAGUGUUGACUAAAGUUUAACUGGUACUGUUUUAUAAAACUAUUAAAAGUCUAAUCAAAUGUAUGCUGAAGUUUAAAAAGUGAUAGUAAUGAAAAUUAUUGUGGUACUGGUGGUGGCAGUUUAAUACAUUUCUGUUAAGAGCUAUAAUCUUUGUAAGCUUGUGUAAGCCCUUUAAU